UUCGUUUUGUUUUAAUGCAGUGCGGGGACUCUGCUUUAACUGUAUCGCCGUGGAUUGAUUAGAGAUAUCAAGUACAUACAAGUCAUUUUUUAAAUGUUGUAGUUCGUCUUGUAAAAAUGUUACGAGUACAUCAUCUGUCAACAAUUACACAGGUUCUGUUUCCAUAUUGCGGAUUUUGGUUACGUAAUAUUAUUUUCUAAUUUCACGUUGUGAAUAUAUGAUUUGGGUAAACAGAGCCGCAAAGAAGUACGUUAUGGGUUGUUGUUUUGGUUUUUUUUUGCAGUUUUAUCUAGAACAAGCGAUGCAUAAACCUUUGUCUGAUUCUUGUGAAACUAUCCACACGGCAGUUACCUAGGAGUUGACUUCAGUGAUGUCACUGAUGGGAUGUUUCUAAAAAGCCAUCCACUGUAAAACGUCUUCUCCAGUUGUCCUGCAUAUGUAUUCGCUAAUUAAGCUGUUUGUUCUAAGCCUGGUUCUCUACAUUUCUGUAUGAACCAGCUUAGAGGGCUAAAGACAGCCUGUGUUUAAAUUGAGUGUAAGCACUUCAAUAAGUGCGCGCAUGCACACUCCUCAGUGCGGGGCUCAGUUUUUGUCUUCGGUAUUUGCGCAAUGGAGAGGAGACCUACUUGGCUGGAAUCAUCCCUGGACCGUUCCACCAGGCUUGGCCGUGAAGUGUUGGCCCGCGCUCAGAGAAGACACAUUGAGUGGCCCAGGCUACGCCCUUCCCGACAGCUGAGGCUGAAGGAGGACAGCCCAUCAGGAAAGGAGGAGGCUGGUGAGGAAGAACAGAGACACACAAAACUGGAUGAUGCCUUUGAAACCAUAAUGGAGUUUAUGGCUCACACUACCCACCAAUGUAAGUAUUUUUACAGAUCUGUGUCGGCAGCUGAGUCCAGUCAGACUGAAGUAAACCAUGUACACAGGUACCACGCUCAGCGUAACUCUGCCUCAAAAGCACGAGAUUCCAGUAGGCAGGAACAAAGGUCCUCUGAGGAUUUUCACAUUGAAGUGGCUCCAGGAACAUAUGCCAUCACAGCAGGAGCUCAAGACACUGAGAAACAGACCCGGCUGGUGCAGAUCGGUGCAGGAGAAAGCGUGAAUCUCACAUUUACUCUCUGACCUGUCCCAACCGGUGCUGGAGCAGGGGCAAGUGCAAUAACAUACUCCUGUGUUUUAAAGCGUGCAAUGCUGUCCUGUUCAUUUGUGAAGAGGGAGGGCGAACUGUAUUUGUGGAUCAGGGCUUCUUUAUGAACUUGAGCUGAACCAUUGAACUGCUGCCAGUUCUCAGUAUACUGUCCUUUUCUAAUCGUGCAAUUAUUUUUAUUUCAGAGGUGUGAAUAUAGUUUAAUUUUGUCUUAUUAAGUUGUAUGCAUCCUAUACAUAUUUGUGUCAUUAAAGUGUUAUUUUUAUCAAGA